GCGCGCUCAUAGUUCGUCCUCUCACUCACAGCAGCGCUCAUCUCACAGAUCUGAUCUCAGAAUACUGGGGGAACACUGGGACUUAAAAAUGUCUAUCACAGCGGAAGAGAUGAAGAAUAAAUUACACUCUUCAGGGGAUGACCUUGUUUUCUUCGUUAAUGGAAAAAAGAUCACUGAGAAGAAUGCAGAGCCUGAGAUAACACUCCUGACAUAUUUAAGGAGAAGCUUGGGUCUGACGGGAACCAAACUGGGAUGUGCUGAAGGAGGCUGUGGAGCCUGCACUGUAAUGGUGUCUAAAUAUCAUCCACAUCAAAACCGGAUUAUUCACUAUGCGGUUAACGCCUGUCUGGCUCCUCUAUGCUCUUUGCAUCACUGUGCAGUAACAACUGUGGAGGGCAUCGGCAGUGUGGCAAGCAAACUCCAUCCUGUACAGGAGCGAAUUGCAAAGGCUCAUGGGUCACAGUGUGGGUUCUGCACACCAGGAAUUGUGAUGUCUAUGUACGCUCUUUUAAGAAACAACCCUCAACCCACCAUGCAUGACAUUCAGGAAGCCUUUCAAGGCAAUUUAUGUCGCUGUACUGGGUACAGACCUAUUCUGGAAGGCUACAGGACAUUCACGAAGGAUGGGGGAUGUUGUGGUGGGAAAGGACAAACUAAUGGCUGCUGUAAGAGUAAUGGAUACAUACAAGAGCAUGUCAAUGAUAAUUCAACACUUCCAGCUCAGAAAUUGUAUGACCAAUCAGAGUUCAUUCCACUGGACCCAACACAAGAGAUUAUUUUUCCGCCUGAGCUCAUUAGUCUGAGUAAACAGCCCCAGAGAGAGCUGAGGUUUAUUGGGGAACGAGUGCUUUGGAUUCAACCCAGCUCCCUCAAAGAACUCCUGGAGCUGAAGGCAACCUAUCCAAAUGCUAAACUAGUGGUUGGGAACACAGAAGUUGGUAUUGAGAUGAAGUUCAAAAAUCUUCUUUACCCUGUGAUUCUGGCACCAGCUUACAUCUCAGAACUGAACAUCAUCCAACACACUCAGGACGGCAUCCAGGUUGGCGCAUCAGUGACGUUAACUGUGUUGGGGGACGUGUUGCAUGCAGCGGUGAAGAAGCUGCCCGCUCAAAAGACAGAGAUCUUUAAGGCUGUUCUUGAGCAGUUGCGCUGGUUUGCAGGACAGCAGAUCCGAAAUGUUGCGGCUGUUGGUGGCAAUAUUAUGACAGCGAGUCCCAUUUCAGACCUCAACCCCGUGUUUAUGGCAGCUGGCUGCAAGCUCACGGUGAUGUCCAAAGGGGAGAAACGUGUUCUUGAAAUGGAUGACAAGUUCUUCCCUGGUUAUAGGAAGACAGUUUUGAAGCCAGAGGAGAUUCUGUUGUCCAUUGAGAUUCCAUACACAAGAAAGGGCCAGUACUUCUCAGCCUUUAAACAGUCCCCUCGCAAGGAGGAUGACAUCUCCAUUGUCACAUGUGGGAUGAAUGUAUUCUUCAAGGAACAAUCCAAUAUAGUGGAGAGCAUCCGGAUAAGCUAUGGAGGAAUGGCCCCUGUCACUGUCCUUGCCAAAGCCACGUGCAGCAAGUUGCUCAACAGGCAAUGGAACGAGGAGCUUCUAGAGGAAGCCUGUACCUCAUUGGCCGAGGAGAUGAGUCUGUCUCCCUCAGCUCCUGGUGGGAUGGUAACAUACAGACGCACAUUGACUAUCAGCCUCUUCUACAAGUUCUUCCUCACUGUGCAGCACAAACUGGCUCUGAACCUGCAGAUGGAGGGUGUGACUGUGGAAGACAUCCGUCCCGAAUAUGCUACUGCUACUGACCUCUACCAGUUGGACUCACCAUCCAGUGUACAGCUCUACCAGGCAGUUCCCCCUGGUCAUAAUAGUGAUGAUGUGGUGGGACAACCAAUCAUGCACCUCUCCGCUCUUAAGCAGGCCACAGGAGAAGCGGUCUACUGUGACGACAUACCCUGCUACGAAAAUGAGCUCCACUUGGCUUUGGUCACGAGCACUAAAGCUCAUGCCCUCAUAAAGUUUAUUGACACCUCUGAUGCAAUAGCAGUUCCUGGAGUGGUUGCAUUUAUCUCUGCCAAAGACAUCCCAGGAAGUAACAUGACAGGACCAGUCAUCUAUGAUGAAACAGUUUUUGCUGACGAUAAGGUCACAUGUGUUGGACAUAUAGUGGGGGCCAUUGUGGCAGACACACAGGCUCAUGCUCAGAGAGCAGCCAAAGCUGUGAAGAUCAGCUAUGAGGAACUGCAGCCUGUGAUUGUCACUAUUCAGGAUGCUAUUACCAACCAGUCCUUCUAUCAGCCGGUGAGAAGUAUAGAGAGAGGAGAUGUUGCACAAGGAUUCAAAAACUCUGAUCACAUCCUGCAUGGUGAGAUGCACAUUGGAGGACAGGAACACUUUUAUCUGGAGACUAAUUGCACGCUGGCUGUCCCAAGUGGAGAGGAUGGGGAAAUGGAGCUGUUUGUGUCCACACAGUCAGCCACCAAGACUCAAGCGCUUGUGGCUAAAGCUCUCGGAGUGCCUGCCAACCGGGUCGUGUGUCGUGUAAAGAGGAUGGGAGGAGGAUUUGGAGGGAAAGAGAGUCGGAGCACCAUUCUCUCCACAGUGGUUGCUGUUGCCGCACAUACGGUCAAGCGACCGGUUCGCUGCAUGUUAGAUCGUGAUGAGGACAUGCUGGUCACAGGCGGUCGGCAUCCAUUCUUUGGUCGUUACAAGGUUGGUUACAUGAACAAUGGAAGAGUGAAUGCACUUGAUGUGACGCUCUACAGCAAUGUGGGCAAUUCACAAGACCUGUCAUUGUCAAUCCUGGAGAGGUCACUAUUCCACAUGGAUAACUCCUACAACAUUCCUAACAUUCGUGGCACAGGCUACAUGUGUAAAACCAACCUGCCGUCUAACUCUGCGUUCAGAGGCUUUGGUGGGCCGCAGGGCAUGAUGAUCGCAGAGAGCUGGAUGAGUGAUGUGGCUUUGAGCUGCGGUCUGCCGGCAGAAGAGGUGAGGAGGUUGAACUUGUAUAAGGAGGGAGAUCUCACACCCUUUAAUCAACGUCUGGACCAGUUUACCAUUGAUCGCUGCUGGGAGGAGUGCAUGCAGCUCUCAGACUUCAACAAGCGCAAGGAUGCAGUGGAACAAUACAACAGGCAGCACCGUUGGACCAAGAGAGGGUUGUCCAUCAUUCCCACCAAGUUUGGCAUCAGCUUCACUGCUGUCUUCCUCAACCAGGCAGGAGCGUUGGUACUUGUGUAUUCAGAUGGUUCGGUUCUACUAACUCAUGGUGGAACAGAGAUGGGGCAAGGCCUGCACACUAAAAUGGUCCAGGUGGCCAGUAAAACUCUUGGAAUCCCCAGCACAAAGAUUCACAUCACAGAGACCAGCACUAACACAGUUCCCAACACCAGCCCUACGGCCGCCUCCGCCUCCUCAGACCUUAACGGCAUGGCCGUCUAUAAUGCUUGCCAGACUUUACUACAGAGACUUCAGCCUUACAAAGACAAAAACCCCAAAGGCUGCUGGGAGGAUUGGGUGAAAGCAGCCUAUUUUGACAGAGUAAAUCUGUCUGCCAAUGGAUUUUACAAGACUCCAGAUCUUGGCUAUGACUUUGACACAAAUAUAGGAAGGCCAUUUAACUACUUCAGCUAUGGUGUGGCUGUCUCAGAGGUGGAGAUAGACUGUCUAACCGGCAGUCACAAGAAUCUUCAUACAUCCAUAGUCAUGGAUGUGGGCAAGAGUUUAAAUCCGGCAUUGGACAUUGGACAGGUGGAGGGCGGGUUCAUGCAAGGUUUAGGUCUGUUCACGCUAGAGGAGCUACGCUACUCUCCUGAUGGUUACCUAUAUACUCGCGGACCAGGCAUGUAUAAGAUUCCCGCUUUUGGGGAUAUUCCCAUUGAAUUAAAGGUCUCGCUGCUCAGAGACGCUCCCAACGAGAGGGCCAUCUUCUCCUCAAAGGCUGUGGGCGAGCCUCCUCUCUUUCUGGCGGCCUCAGUGUUUUAUGCCAUUAAAGAUGCCAUCACUGCUGCCAGGACUGAGUCCGGCCUGACUGGACCCUUCAGACUGGACAGCCCCGCUACGCCUGAACGGAUACGAAAUGCAUGUGAGGACAAGUUUACUAAACUGUGCCCUCCUGCGGAUCCUGGCACCUUUACUCCAUGGUCAGUGCACGUGUAAGACACAGCAAACUCAAUUUAAAGUCAAGAUCAAAUCAAAAUGGGCCCUAUAAUGCACAUUCUUGGUCUUGUGUAAUGAUUCUUCAGUGCAUGUUGUUCCAAAGAAAAAAUUUGCAUGUAUUUGUUAUCUUGAAACCUACAUUUUUCAUGUUGACUUUAAUACCUCUCAGCAUUCAAAGCGCACAAUAGUGAACACAGACAUUAAGUGAUGAACGAUAAUUGCCAAAGAAACAGAACGGAGGAUUUUGUCCUGAGCAGAUUAUACUGUGAAGAAAAAAAGUGUUUUUAUUACCUCACUGUGCUCUAAGUGAAGCUGCAUUAUAUGAACAGGUAAAAGUGUAAAAAGUGCACUAAGUCAUUUUUUUUUUUUUUUUCAUGUUAUUCCAUUGUAGAAAUACACACUUGUCACCCAUUAUUAUUAUUAUUAUUAUUAUUAUUAUUUGUUACAGAAAUUGUGGUAACACUUUACAAUAAGGUUCAUUAGUUAACUACAUUAGUUAACAUGAACUAAUAAUGAAUACAGCAUUUAUUAAUCUUUGUUAAUGUGUAUGUCAACAUUUACUAAUACAGUAAAAUCUUGUUAACAUUAAUUAAUGCCCUGUGAACUAACAUGAACAACUGUAUUUUCAUUAACUAACGUUAACGAAGAUUAGCAAAUACAGUAACAAAUGUAGGUAACACUUUAUUUUACAGUGUCCUUGUUACACAUGUUACAUGUACAUGUUACUGUAGUAAUUACUAUAAAUUGUGCAUAAUUACAUGUAACUAACUCUAAACCACAACCUAACCCUAACAUAACCCUAUAGUAAGUACAUGUAGUUAAUUCUUAUUACUCAGUACUUAAAUAUAUAAUUACACUGUAACACGGACACCUUAAAAUAAAGUGUAACCCAAAUGUAUUGCUAGUUCAUGUUAGUUAAUACAUUAACUAAUGUUUAACUAAUGAACCUUAUUGUAAACUUACUGAAAUUGUUAAAAAACUAGGGGGAUAACGAGAUCUGGUCAUGUGAUCUCAACAUGAUAGAAAAGGGAAGCCAUUUUUAUGUAGAAUCAAACAGCUUCUUUUUUUUUUUUCUUUUUUUUUUUUUAUUCAUCUAAUGUGGGUGAACAGUACAGCACAAAAAAAAUGCUUAGUGCCACUUUAAAUACUAAUACUACCCAGCUAACAAAAAUAUGCUCUAAGAAUGUUUUGCUAAUGUUCCCAUUAAGUUCCCAGAAAUAAAACUUUAAAAGAAAACGUCCAAUUAUUUAAAUGUAAAAAAACAGUUUGUUAUGCGAAUGUUAAGGAAACAUUCCAUUUUUAUCAUUCUUCAAACAAUAUGAAAAUGUUUAUUUUUGAAACUUUCUGAAAUAACUAACAUUUAAAAAAAGAUGUCUAACUAAAACAUUUCAGAAAAAUGCUCCACAAACAACAUUAUUAAAGUCCAGAUAACUUUAAACAAACAUUCUGUUAAUGUUACUGAAGGAACUAAGCUUGCCAAAACACCAGCUGAAGUUCUGAGAAUGUUCUGUUAGCUGGGUAAAUACUAAGAUGAUUUUAUUGUUUAUGUAGAAUUUUAAUGUACUUACGACAAUUUAAUUAAAUUAUGGUUUACUACAAUAUAAAUAGUAAAUUAUAUUUAUGAUUCAGGUUAGAGUGUUGCCAUAUUUAAUUUAAAUUGUCAUAAUUAGAUGAUUACUAUGCAUAUUCAUAUGUAGGCUCAAUGUUGUAUCUUGUUGCAAAUUAUGAGUUCCUCAAAGAUUUAAGAGUUAAGAGUUAUUGUUGAUGAAUGAUUUUAUGUAUAUCAAAAAAAGCCAAAAGUGCCAAAAUUUCAAAACACCUAACAAUAUUAAAUAAAAGCUUGUUCUGACAUACA